UAGAGAGAGAGCCAUGCACAUCUCUCUUAUUCUAAAAAUAACCAAUUAAAGCGAUUCAAAGAAGAUUCAGCAUUCCUUUUUUUGCGACUUUGCGUACAUAAAGGAGACAGAUCAAGAAAUGGGUCGUGUUAAGCUGGAGAUCAAGAGAAUAGAAAACAACACCAAUCGACAGGUUACGUUUUCAAAACGAAGGAAUGGACUCAUUAAGAAGGCAUAUGAGCUUUCCGUCCUUUGUGACAUUGAUAUUGCUCUUAUCAUGUUCUCUCCCUCUGGCCGUCUUAGUCACUUUUCUGGCAAAAAGAGGAUUGAGGAUGUGCUAGCUCGUCUCGUUAAUCUCCCUGACCAAGAAAGACAACUUAUUCUUUUUUCGCUUUGCAGUGCUAUAGUUUUUCCUGAACAAGGCCAACAUCAACGUUUUUUUAGUUUCUCUUGUUGCAGUGAUAUUCAGAACAAAGAGUAUUUGUUUAGGACACUACAACAGCUUAGGAACGAGAGUGAUAUCGCCCUUCAACUUUCCAACCCAACAGCAAUUAACUCGGAGGAACUCCAGCAUGAAAUUGCAAGGUUACUGCAGCGACUUCAACUAGCAGAGGAACAGAUAAGGAUAUAUGAGCCAGACCCGAUAAAAUUCACGUCCAUGGGGGAGCUAGAAUCAUGCGACAAACGUCUUGUUGACACCCUAUCACGUGUCAUGCAAAGAAAGGAAUAUCUCCUGAGCAACCAUCUAUCUUCAUUUAAUCCAUCAAGACUAGAGCAUGGGUUGCCAACCAGCUCUUUCAAUAAUGAUAUGGUAAAUUGGUUGCCUGAUGCUGGUAGCGACCAUGCCGAAAUCUUGCACCAUGGAGCUCACAACCACGCCCAAAUCUUCAAUGCUUCUACUCCCCUGAACGCUUUAAGGAAUCUUUCAUCCACAAUGUAUGAUUCAUUGUUGCAAGGAAGUCACUCAAAUGCAGAGGCACACAACUUCAGGGAGUGGCCUGGUGAUGGAAACUUUCCACAGUGGCCACCAUAUAAUUCAACGGUGCUCCACUCCAACCCCAUGUCACCUUCCUUAUACUCUCAAAUUCAGCAUGAAAUGGUGGGACCAAAUAUUCCAGAUAUGAUGCCACGUGAGCAGGUGGAGAUUCCAAUCAGCAGCCCCCAUCUACAGGUGGAAAAUGAUGGCGCAAGCUAUGAGGACAACAAAGUACCUCGACUUGAUGAUCAAGAGCACCAGACAAUCUUCGAAUUGUAAGGUUAAUUUCAGAAACUUUUAACGCAAGGAAAUACAUGUAAAGCAAGCAGUGCUAUCAAUGUUUGCCCAAGGUCGUGGAUUCUGCAUACAGUUUGUUUUAUAUCUAAACUAGUGUUGUGACUUGCAUAGUUAUCGACCUUGUCCUCUUUAUAGUUUGUGUAGUUCGUGUGUAAUAGAAAUCGAUUCGGUUUCUGUUCAAUAAUGGAAUAUUACCUGCUGUCUAUCAA